AAAUCUGAAACAUGGCAUCGCAAAAAGAGGCGCGCUUGGUUGCUCACCCGUGGCAAACGAGGCGAAGGACGAACCAGGCUACAGGCAAGUCCUUGUGGGCGCGCGCAACAGCAUCGCCAGUCUGGGAUUAAGGGCUUGGCGGAAGUGGAGUGCAUGUGCACCGGCCAGGAAAAAGGGCACAGAGGCUGUCACCCACAGACAGACGAAGGUCUAGGACCAGAGACGGCUACAUAG